CGGUCCCGCCUCUUUCCUCGUGUGGCGGUGAUGGCGGCGCCCCCGAGCAACCCCAGCAACCCAGUCGUUUUCUUUGAUAUCACCAUCGGCGGCCAGGAAGUAGGUCGGAUGAAGAUAGAACUGUUUGCAGAUGUUGUUCCCAGGGCAGCAGAGAACUUCAGGCAGUUCUGUACUGGAGAAUUCAGGAAGGACGGGGUUCCUGUAGGUUACAAAGGAAGUACAUUUCACAGAGUCAUCAAGGAUUUUAUGAUACAAGGAGGGGACUUUGUAAACGGAGAUGGGACUGGUGUAUGUAGCAUAUACAGAGGACCGUUUGCUGAUGAAAACUUCAAGAUAAAACACCUUAAUCACGGUCUGUUGUCAAUGGCAAACAGUGGCCCUAAUACAAAUGGGUGCCAGUUCUUUAUUACCUGUGCUAAAUGUGACUGGCUCGAUGGGAAGCAUGUCGUUUUUGGUAAAAUAGUUGACGGAUUGCUCGUAAUGAGAAAAAUAGAGAAUGUUCCCACAGGCCCCAGCAAUAAACCCAAGCUUCCUGUGGUGAUUGCCCAGUGUGGAGAGAUGUAGAGUGAGCUGACGAGAGAAGGGCAUCCUCUCUGUGCUGCACCGCACUGAGAGAAGCUUACAGUAUGAGCUGCAUACUCCUCAGCUGGGAAAACAGCAAGUGGCUGAUCAGGCUGAUGUGGAUGCUUCCCACUUCAUCAGAAAGAAAUUUUAUGUACUACGUACAUCAGCUAGCUCAAACCAUAUUUUUAUUGGUGUAACUAUUUGAUGCCUAGUCUUAAACCUAAUCAGUCGCAGUAUAUCAACACAGCCGGCUUUUGAUUUGAUACAGACAUGCACUACCCUUCCUUUUUCCAAGUAAAAUAUUGGUUUACUCGCCUUUGUGACAAGUUUAAAAAUCUUAGAUUUUGAUUUUGAAGUAGUCUGCUUGCUGUGAGAGAUAUAAUAAAUUACAAUAGAAAGUG